AAGUGGCCGAAGAAGUAGAAGUUGGAAAAAGCGAGGGUUCGCGUAAAGGACCCUUAAGCGUCGCGCGCGGGUCUCUUCGGGGCAGGUGGCAAUUGCGCGCCAAAGCAGCGCAGCAGGCGGCUUCCGAAGGAGUUCCCGGGGGAUCGCGGAUCCAGGACUGAGCCGGGGAGAGCUCGACUGUCAAGGGACCUCCAUGCGCCGGCUAUGCAGAAAGAAGCGCCCUUUGGACUGCCCAGCCUGUGCGUGCUUUGGGCAGCGCUGCUGCUAGAGCUCUGCCCCUGCGGAGCCAACGGCGGGAACUGGAUGUGGCUGGGCAUUGCCUCCUUCGGAGUACCAGAGAAACUUGGUUGUGCUAACCUGCCACUCAAUGGUCGCCAAAAGGAUCUAUGCAAGAAAAAGCCCUAUCUUCUGCCCAGCAUCCGUGAAGGAGCACGCCUAGGAAUCCAAGAAUGCCAGAGACAGUUCAGACAUGAACGGUGGAACUGCUUACUCUCUCCAGAUACCUCCUCUAUGGAGUUGAGCCCUUCGUCCAUCUCUGUGGCUCCUUCCUUCUCUGUCUUUGGUUAUGAACUGAGCAGCGGUACCAAAGAAACAGCAUUUAUCUAUGCAGUGACUGCAGCUGGGCUAGUGUAUUCCGUGACACACUCAUGCAGUGCAGGAAAUAUGACCGAAUGCUCCUGCGAUACCAGUCUGCAGAAUGGUGGUUCACCCAGUGAAGGCUGGCAGUGGGGUGGCUGCUCUGAUGACAUCCGGUAUGGUAUCUGGAUGAGCAGAAAGUUCUUAGAUGGCCCUGUAAGAAAUAUCACUGGAAAAGAUGGAAAUGGAUUGAUUGCAAUGAAUCUGCAUAAUAAUGAAGCUGGAAGACGGGCUGUAGCAAAACUAAUGACAGUGGGCUGCCGUUGUCACGGAGUCUCUGGGUCCUGUGCCCUAGAAACAUGCUGGAAAACCAUGUCCACCUUUGACAAGGUUGGCAGUUUUUUAAAAGAUAAGUAUGAAAACAGCAUCCAGAUUUCCAACAGACUGAAAAAAAAGCUACGCAGGAAAGAAAAAAGCCAGCGCAACAUACCCAUCCAUAAAGAAGAUCUUCUGUAUGUCCACAAGUCCCCAAACUACUGUGUUGAAGACCGCAAACUGGGUGUCCCUGGGACUCAGGGAAGGGAAUGUAACCGAACUUCAGAGGGACCAUAUGGCUGCAACCUCCUGUGCUGUGGUCGUGGAUAUAACACUCACGUAGUCAGACAUGUGGAGAGAUGUGAUUGCAAAUUUGUUUGGUGCUGUUAUGUGCGCUGCAGAAAAUGUGAGAGCAUGACUGAUGUUCACACUUGCAAAUGAAAAACCAUCUACCUCUGAAACCAAAGGGAUGGGAAGCCCUACUGAGUAGCAUUCUUAGGGUUCUGCUAGGCUUAAAACUGUCUGAAAGUUUUGGGAUCUUAUUGAAAGAGCAACUUGGAAUAAGUAGCACCCUUGCUCAAAAGUAACAGGAAAAAAGCAGCGGAGACCUGCCUCCAUUAAAGUUUUUGCAUAACUGGAUGCCACAGAUGAGUGACUUGAUGUUUGGUUGGUGUGCGUAUUAAGUAAUAGUGAUCAUUCAUGCCAGUGGAUUCAGUGAUGCUUUUAUCUGCAAUAAAUACACACAGCAGUCAAGAAAGGAAUAACUAACAUCGAGAGCCUAAACAAUGCUACUGCUGUCAGCUUGGGAUCAGUAUGCACACUAGUCCUACCUAUUUUUUUAAAAUGUUGUGAUAUGAAUAUUUUAAGAACAAAAACUUGUUCUCAGGCGUAACACUAUUGCCACCACCUUCAGUUUUUAUGACUGAGCUUGACAAUAUGCUUAAAGGGGACAAGAAGUAACUUAAUGCAACUGCUUUGGCCAAGUGAUGGAACUUUCCUUGGCUAAGCCCCCAGCCAUGAUGUUUCACCAUCAUCUCCAACUUGGCUGGAGAAGUUUGGCCCUACCUGAAAAUCCUGCAGUCCCACCAAGUGAAGACUGUGGCUUCACAGGCUUGGUUCUUGGGUUCUGGAAGAAUCAGAGAAACAAAACACUACUGAUAUAACUAAUUGCUUGGCAGGCUGAACUGGGGACCAAGCCUGAGAUGCUUAGCAAUAGGACCAUGCUCAGCUAAGCAGGAUCCCAACAUGGAAGAAAGGUUUGGUUGGGAGACCGGAACUUACUUGCAGCAUAGAUGUGUUUUUUUCACUUGCUUCUACUGAAGUAUUCUCAAAAAUGUCAUUAAGGAGAAAGGGAAAGAUGGAUCACAUCUGUGGGAUUAUGCUGCAUGGAAACCACCCCAAACAUGCUCAUUUUUUCUCUUGCAGGAUGAAGAUUUACAUUUGUUGUUUUCCAGUGCCCUAUUUAUAUAUUUGUUGUUUUCCAGUGCCCUGUUUAGUACCUUUUUUUUUAGACCACCAAGGAGCUCAGUGUGUCCUUGCAACUUCCAUGUGAAGGAGGUUGGUUGGAAGACGAGAGCUGGUCCAGAAAAUGACAGCAGAACAGGGAUUUGAACAAGGUUCCCUUCAGUGCUACUGCAGCAUUCUAAGCAUUAUAACAGAUCAGCCCUCCUUUCUUCCAAAACUUUGUAGUUAGAGACUGGCUGAACAGAGGUAAGAAAGCAUCUGGAAAAAUGUUCAGAGCUUCAUAGUCAAAAGAUCAGCAAAAUCCAAAAUUCCUGUUUCGAUCGAAAACUAUUUCUUUCUGUUACUGCCUGUGGAAGAAGAGUGGCAUCAUUCUCUAGGAUGGAAUACUUUGCAUUGGGCUUCAUUUUAACAAGGUCAUGAGAAGAAGACAGGCUACAAGCUUUGCCAGGAACAUGAUCUUUAUCUUGCUCACCUCUUGUGAUAGUAUGCAAUGCUAGAAGUUUCUGUCAGGCAACUUUGAAACAUUUUAGCACUCUUGAGGGGUGGAACCAAGAUACAUCACAUAGAGAGGUAGUCCUUAAUCUGCCCUACCUACAUCUUCACUCCAAGUAUACUGGUUGUGGUUUAUAACUGAAAAACAGGUUUUCACACAACCAGUAGAGACACUUCCUUCUACCCUUUCCAGUAAAGGUCAUCACCGUAAGUUAAUUUUUAGUUUGGAAUUAAGUGCCUGUUAUUGGACCCUAAUAAUCCUUACUGGGUGGAGCAAUUUGGGUGCAGUUGAAAGAGCCCGAUUUUGUAUACACUAACUGUUUUGUACUGUGCAUGUACAGGGGGAAUGGUGCAUCACAAGUUUUUGAAACUCAAGAUACAGCAUGUGGCUAGGUUUUUGUGUGUGUUAGUUUCUACUAAGGCAAAAGUUCACUGUAGGUACAGAUUGAUCAUGUCCUUUGAUUUCAGUCAGGAAUUAUAUAUGAAGAAGUUUGGAUUUCUACAGUCCAACCUCUUGUAUAUUUACUCAGAAGUAAAUCCCAUUGUGUUCACUAGAGUUUACUUCUAAGUAAAGUUGAACUGAAUUGCAACCUUAAAUAUUUUUUAAAUUGUUGAUUAAUAUUUUACAUCUUUAAAAAAGAUAGAAUUCAUUGCAAUUUUUAAAAAAAUAAAAGCUUUUGAAGCUCUGAAGAAAAGCAGCUAUGUUGUAAGCAUAAAGACCCAAAACUUGUUUUAUAAAUAUUUAAGUUGUGCCCCUCACCUUCAGUGUUUGAAAGGCACAUCUGUUAAGUGCCCCGACUAAUAAGAUUAUAUUGAUCUUUCAUGUCCUUAUAUAAGCAAAUGUGUCUAGAAUACUUUUUUAAAUGUGUGCAUGUUAAUCUUCCUCACUGGGAGGGCAGCGUUUUUAGCCAGUCUUUUUAAUAGCUGACAGGACUUGCAGAGAGGAUUCUUUCAGCCAGUAUGAUCAAGACCAUUACUGAAACUGCUAAGAGAGUUGUGCUUUAAGGACAGAAGAUUUGAUGAGUCAAGUUGCUUCAAGGGACUUGCCCAGUCACUUCCAUGGAUGAAACAACCCAGCACAUGUAACAGACCCCACUUGCCUUCAAAGCCUGACCCCUUCACUUGCAUUGAGUGUCUUUGCCUUGAAGGCAAAUGAGGUCUAUUAUGAAUGCAUCAAGCUGCUGCUUGCUAGAACAAACAACAGAGUUAGCUUGGAAGCUCUACAUUUCACUGUGUUCAAUGUAAGUCUACCACUACAACCCUCCCACAUUCUCAGAUUUACUAGUUGUCUGGCCCGGAAGGCUUUUCAUGAGCUAAAAGUCCUAUGUUCAGAGGGAAUACAGAGACUGUAUAUGGGAAAUACAUCACAGGAUUGUUUUAUAUUGUGCUAUAGGAUCCUUUCCCCACAAUAUUUCAUCAGUCUUUUGCAAAUAUCUGGGUAAGUUUAUAUUCUAGGGACACAGUAAAGUGAUAAUUUGGUUGCAUUGUUACAAGUCCUGGUCGGCGUCUUCUGAACUCAGCUUCCAUCAUUUAUUUCAGGGGUACAUGUAUCAAGGAACCUUGAGGGAUGUUCUGUGAACAGGUAGGAUAGAGUUCUUAUCUACCCACACAUACAGCAUGCCUAUAUUCAGCCUUGUUUGCACACACUAGAAAGCAGCACCAACUAUAUUAAGAACUGUCAACCGAGUCUACAUCUGUCCCUCUAAAGCUUUCACUAGAUGAUCACUUGACAAUAUCCCACUACAGAAACCUCACAUGAAGAUCUGGACAGGCACGUAAAUAAAUGUGGAUUCACCUUUAAUGUCAACGUUUGGCCUUCUGUCCAAAGCAGCAACUAGGUUUCCUCCAAAAGCAACAAACCCUACUUUCUGAACUAACAAUAUAACAUUUGUGGAAUGUAAGGAAUGAAGCACAAUGAUAUCACUGUUCAAACAAACCCCUUCCCGAUAACAAAUUAUUCAAACCCUUGCUACAAACAAUGGAACAAUUUAAAAGAAUGUCAUAAUACUCUCUAUCUGAGAAAAUGCUACUUAAGUCCCUCAAAUUUAAUCUUGCUGUGCUUUGCCGCAAUCCUCUCUGCAAAACUGAUCAUAGUGCCACUGGCUGCUUUAGUACAUUUUGUUAGUUUAGGCUUGGACUGGCCUAUUCACUCCAGUUAGAUACACACAAGAUUGUUAUGCUUACUGGUAAAAUGGACAGCCCAGUUCUCACAGCAUGCCAACAAUCCUUUUCAUGUAUUCCAGAAGAAUGAGGGAACUGAAACACAUCAUGAUUUCAUGGAUAUUUAUGUGAAGAGUAAAGUAAAAGUUUUUUUAGAUUUUUAAAAA